UGAACCCUAAACCUGAUAUGGGGAUGCCUGCACCAUGUAGCUGUUUCAUCAUAUAGUGCAGGUUAUGCGUCUUGCUAUCCUUUUCUACAUAUUCCGUUAUCAGAGCAAGGUUCUUAUACGACUUCUAGGAAUCUCUAUCAAGGUUGGCUUUUGACCGUUACACCCAAUACAUCGAAUAUAAUGCGAGCCAAUGUCAAGAGCUAUCUCAAGAAAGAUGGCAAGAAGAAUGAUGGCAAGUCAACGAGUAACUUCUUGGUACAUUUAACAGGCAUUGAUUAUCUCUGAAGAACUCAUUGUAACGUCCUGGGAUGCGGAUGUCAAAUUAAUGUCUCGGUCUGAGACUCCUAUAGGGGUCACCACGACGAGCUUCUCUGCAUUUGAGGAUACGCAAUUUGUUAUAGGCACCGAAGGAGGGUAUGUGAUGCUCGGAUCGUUAACAGCUUCACAUGCCCUGUUCGAGAACGGCGCCAAAAAGUGCGUUAUGAUGAACUUCCAAAGACAUCGAGGCCAUGUUACCCAUUGCUCCUUCAGUAGGCACUCGCGUAAUAUCUUUUUGACUUCUUCGGUAGACAAACGAGCCCGCAUUUAUACGCAACUUCAGCCUUCGCCUGUCAUUUCGCUGGCACAUUCUGAUCAACUUAUAAAAGCUUUGUGGUCAUUUGCCCACCAACUCCAUAUCGUAACGGCGACAUGUUCGGGUAAGGUAGCUCUUUACGACAUUCGAAAAGCAUACUCCCCUCUGGCGGAAAUCGAUCUGGCUAAUCGAGUAACUGAUUUAGCUUUCGUUGACUUGGAUCAACUAGCCGCGUCGACGAACAACGGCGGAUUGCACCUGCUGAAGCUGUCAGACGGGUUUCUGGCCAGAGCUGAGUCAAUUGGCAUCGACGAUGUCGUAAACUCAUUCCGCGACGGUAUCGGCUUCGAAUAGAUUGGAUUUUUGUCCGACACUAAUAGGGCGAAUAAAUUAGAAAAUCCGGAAUUACACCAAAACGAAACUCGAAAAGUUUUAAAGUGUAAGGCGGUUUUAUAAGUUAUGUGAGACGUUGACCCUAAGGAUACCGAACCAAAUAGGUUAUUACCGCUUGCAGUAAUUCGAUUAACUGAUAAAUGAUGCAGACGUCGCAUUGCCAGUAGAAUAAGAGAAUUAGAGAAAGUUCGGAAUACUCAUUCAACUACUUAAGGAUAUAUUCAAAUGGGACGCGGCACAAUUUAGAAGGAACUACAAGCUGUUGUGUGUGUCGAUGGUAAUAUCUUAUGUUUUAUGUGGGUGAAGUCCCGUGUCUCUAGCAAACAAAUAAAGGACCUAAGCUAUUCAGACGGGCCGUAUAAUUUCAUUGAGGGCAUAACUAUUGGCCACCGUUUUAAAAUUGGGGCCCAUUUGAAAACCUUUUUCUAGAUAGACAUUU